AUGACGGGCAAGACGUACAUCGUCGAGCACCUCGACCCCGAGCUGGGCCCGUGGUCGGAACUCGAGUACAUCGCCAUCGCCAAAGAAACCCACGCCGCCGGCGGCACCUUCCUGCUGUCCUCCCUGCCCGCCGGGUUCGUCGCCCCGGACAAGCUGAAGCAGGUCCCGGCCUUCAAGGCCGAGAACCGGGGUGUUGAGGAGCUCUACGCCCAGGACAAGUCCCGUGUGUGCCUGCUCGACCCCGCCGCCGCCAGCGACCUGAGCCCCGAGGACGGUGAAAAAUUUGACGCCUUCCUUUUUGGCGGCAUUCUGGACCGCACCUCCGAGUUGAGGAAGAAGGGCUUCGAGGGGAGACGUCUGGGUCCCACUCAGAUGACGACUGACACAGCCGUCCGCGUCACAAGAAUCGUCGUCGAGGAGAAGACACCCCUGGACAAGAUCCCCUACGUUACCUACCCUGAGCUGAAGUUCGGUGAGCACGAAAGCACCGAAAUGCCCUUCAAGUAUGUCACGGACAAGGACGGCCAGCCCAUUAUGCCCGAGGGCAUGGUUGACCUCAUCAAGAAGGACGCCGAUAAGGCGAUUGAUGAUCUCUUUUAG